AUGGAAAUGGACAUGAACUCCUCGAUUGGGGAGACAACAGCGGGCUACCCGGACUACAGCUCAGAGACGGACGCUCCUCUCUGCAACAGAGAAACGAAUCACAACUUUGGGGUCAAACUCUCUACCUUCUACCUGCUGAUUUUCACACUGAGCGUGGUGGGAAACAGCUUGGUCCUCUAUAUCAUCUGCAAGUUCGAGAAACUCAACACGGUGGGGAACAUCUUCCUCCUCAACCUGGUGGUGUCGGACCUGGUCUUCAUGUCCAGUCUGCCCUUCUGGGCCGUAUACCACCACAAGUCCAGCUGGGUCUUCGGCCGGGUCUGGUGUAAGAUUGUGGGCAGCGCCUACUUCCUGGGUUUCUACAGCUCGAUCCUGUUCCUCACUCUCAUGACCUUUGACCGGUACCUGGCAGUGGUCUACGCCGUGCCGUCCACCAGGCUACGUCGGAGGAGCUACGCCCUCGCCUCAUCCGCCGCUGUGUGGGGCAUCAGCCUCCUGGCGUGCAUCAAGCCGUUUCUACUCUACGACCAGGCCGAGCAUUACUACCAGGGGUUGGUGUGUGAGGAGGUUGGUAUCCCAGAAUCGAUUGUCUCUGAGGAAUUGGAGCUGUCGGGGCCAUACCUCCAGUUAGGUUUGUUUUUCCUAUUUCCUCUCAUUGUUGUUUUUUACUGCUACGUUAGGAUUGCCGUGACGGUCAUCUCCUCCAGGAUGACCAACAAGUACAGGACGGUGAGACUCAUAUUUGUCAUAGUACUGCUGUUCUUUGCAUGCUGGACUCCUUAUAAUGUGGUGGUGAUGCUUCAAGCAGCUGAAGUCGACUGUGUGAAACUCCGUAAACUUGACUUUGCGCUGCAUGUUACUCGUAUGGUCACAUAUCUGUACUUCUGUAUCAAUCCUGCCUUCUACACCUUUGUGGGGAGAAAAUUCCAGAACCACUUCCGGAUUCUGCUGCUGAAACAUAUGCCGUGUUUAAAGAACCAUGUCUCAAUCAAUGGUAGUCGGACACUGUCACAUAUUAGAAACCCUCAAGUGGGCAUGACUAGUCAAACAGAUGUUCUGGUAUGA